CCACUGCGUGCGAGUGUGUGCAUGUGUGUGUGUGUGUUGAGUAAUGGCCCAUGAUAUUUACACAUGAGUGGCAUUCAACUUACAGCAGCUGCCGCAGUAAAUCUACCCUCGCAGAACCACGCCCAAUCCUCGCCAGCAUUUGGUAAAUAUGGCACAGCAGCAGCAUAGCUGGGAUGGCGGCGAUGCCUCUGCCGCCGGCACGGGCUACGGCGUUCAUGGACAUACACCUACACAUACACAUACACACACACAUGGUGGACACAAGACGCCAGCGCGUGCGGCCAGCAAUCCGUUGCCGUAUAAAGGCGCCACGCCCAAAUCGCCCAGAAGCUACCAUGCGGCGCCGCCCUCGGUAUAUGCCACGCCCACACAGUCAAGUAGCAACUAUGCCUAUGGCAGCUAUGAUCCGCCACCGCCGCGUAGCCCGAAGAUAACGACAACCUAUGCGAAUGACAGCUGCGAUGAGGGAAGCAGCUCCACGCCCUCCUCAUACUAUCAAACGCCCACCUCGGGCUCCAUGGAUGAUUCCUGUUCGCUGCUCAGCGGUCAAGCGAUGCGCAGUCCCAAAUCGCCGUGCAAAUUUGUUUUCGAUGCAGUCAGUCCAGGCGCUGGCAUGGAUCAGUCGGCACUGGGCAAGAAAUUUGAGUAUUAUGAGCCCAUAUCGCCGGACGAUGGUUCGCUGUACUAUGAGCCGCCCAGCUCGCCGCGUCGUCAGGGCUCCAAGAAGCUAAUGCGGGCACAACCUCAGCAGCUGGAGCAGCGGCCGCAGUUAACCACCAGUCAAGGCAGUAGCAAGCGGCGGCGGGAUGAAUGGGAGCUGCCGGUAAUAACCAAAAUCGAUGCACGUUGCCUGAAUGCAACGGCAGCGGCAGCAGCGGCAGGCAUAUCCACGGGCUACUCCAGUGGCAGCUACUUCACUCUGAAGCGGGACUCGUGCGUCACAGAGUGCACACAGCUGUCGAUGGAGUCGGGAGAGAGCCAGACACAGCACACGAACAGCACGCUGGUGACCACCACCACCACCAGCUUCAGCUACACGGACACGGAUGCAGGCGGCCAACAGCAACAGCAGCAGCAGCUGCAUCGCCAGCGCCGUCAUGCCAUUAACAUCACCUCGAAUCCAGGGUAUCAGGUGCUGCACAGUUCACACUCCACCUUGGAUCGCACCUGCUCGGAUAGCGUUGUCUCGCUGCGCUAUCGCAAAUCUACAAGUGACCUGACCCAGGAUGCCGAGCAUGAGCUCAGCGGCUGUAAGCCGUCUAAGCCCAAGCGUGAUGCUGUCGAGUACAAGCCGCGGCGCAGGGGUAGCUCUAAGGGUGGGCUUGCCUACUUGGCCAGUCGGCGCAGCUCACGCGAGUCCAUGAAGAGCGCCUGCUCGAAUGCUUCCAUAUUCUCCAACGAUGACAUCGGACCGUUGGCCUUCCAGAGCUCCAAUCGCGGACGACAGCGACGCACCUCCAACUUUUUGGAGCUUCCAGUUCCCGAUCAUGUACGUCCGCGCGUAUGCUCGCUGCCGGAGCGCCCGUACAAUCCACGGGCCAGCGAUGAUCUCUAUCGGCUGCGCCACUUCUCCAUCAGCAAAGGCAACGUGGUCAAUUGUGGGGACUCGAUAAUUUCGCGCCGUUCGCGCAGCAACACAAGUGUUAAUUCCACCAACAGUCGGGCCAGCGAACGUUCGCCGUUUGAGGGCAGCUGCUGUGGUGCAGGCUAUGCGAACGUGGACUCGCUGCCCGCCUCGCCGGACGAAUCGGAGAAUAUGGAGCCGCCCCCGCCGGCACGCUAUCGUGUCGUCAUGCUGGGCGAUGCGGGCGUGGGCAAAACGGCGCUGGUCAAUCAAUUCAUGACCUCGGAGUAUAUGCACACCUACGAUGCGAGCCUAGUUUUAGACGAUGAGUUCGGCGAGAAGACGGUCAGCGUUCUGCUCGAUGAUGAGGAGUCCGACAUGGUAUUCAUCGAUCAUCCCAGCGUUGAGAUGAGCGUGGAAAAUUCCCUGUCCACAUAUGAGCCGCAUGGCUGCGUGGUGGUCUUCUCUGUGGUGGACAAGGGCUCCUUUCGCAUUGCCGAGGAGAUUAUCAACUAUUUGUGGCAGGAGAAUUACACCAAGGAUAAGGCCGUCAUACUUGUGGGCAACAAGGCGGACCUGGCUCGUGCACGGCUUAUCACGACACAGGAGGGCAAAACAUUGGCCGCCUCACGCGAUGCCAAAUUUAUUGAGACGUCCAGCGGCAUACAGCACAAUGUCGAUGAGCUGCUAGUCGGCAUACUGAAGCAGAUGCGGCUUAAGGAGACGCGCGAGAAGAAAGCUACCUCAUCGAAGAUGAAAACCUCACGCACUCACAUUUCGCUGCAUCUGGCCAAGGAAAUCCUACAAAAAAUUUGCCUUAGCGACAUUUCCAAAUCCAAAAGCUGUGAAAAUCUUCAUGUGCUAUAAAAAACUUGGAAAAUUUGAAACAGAAAAUUUCCCCAACAAGCAGGCGCAACAAAUCAAUAGCCGAAAAAAAGAAAAUAAUAAUAAUAAACAGAGCUAAACAAAAA